AUGGCUGCUUUGAGGAUCACGCUCCCCCUCCGCUUCUCAUCGGCGGACAUAAUCUCCAGAUCCAUGGCGCUCAGGGGCGGUGGCGGUGGCAGUGGCGAGGGCGCCGCCGCCCACCGUAACGCGAUGCAGGUGCCUCCGUCCUAUACGACGUUGAAGGAGCAAGUUAGCUGCGAGCGGGAGGUCAAGAAGAGCAAGUUCGUGGCCGUCGCGUCCCACGUUGCGGACGAGGAUGCCGCGCAUUCCUUCCUCUCUCAGGUUUCCCUCCGUUUCUUCCUUAUAGAUGACUCAAUUUGUGCUAGAAUUUUCUCGCUGAUACUGGAGGGAGUUUCAUGUUCCUGUACAAUUAACUUCGUGAAGGAACUUGGCGUCCUCUCUGCGAUGCCAAAUUGGCUCCGACCAAUGUGAAGGGUCGAUUACAUUUAAUCUCCGGAACGUGUUUCGAUAUCCAAUGAAAUGAUUGGACUGGCUGAAUUUUCGACAGAGUAGUUUCUACUGAUCCCUCUUUGUGAUGUCUGAACACCUGAUUGUUCCUUCUACUCUGAUCGAAUUCCCCUUAGCAACUGAAGAAAUUAUGCUCUAGUCGCCUCGUGUCAGGUUUCUAUCUCUUUUAGACCCUCCCAGGUUAAGAAAGGAACCAGAUAGCAGUGUUUAUGUAUACCCACCCUCCCAUGGUUUUCUUUAUUGAUUUUGAACUGUUGAUUCCAGGGACAAAUUUUUCUGGUUCCCCCCUUUAAUUUGAUCCGAGAAAAUAUGUGAUGCCUUCAUAUAGCACCUAUUUGUGAUGUCGAUUACAUGGUUAUUUUUUCUGCUGAUCAUGGAAAAUGUUAGGCCGAAAGCUCCCAUUAUUUUUAGGCGUUUUAUCUAACAAUAAUGAAGUUUUAUGAAGUUAUUGACAAGAACCAGUAUUUUUUUUCGUUUAAUAAUUCCUUGUAGGAAUCAUACUCUUCAGUUGGGUUUUAAGAUGAUUUGAUCAAUUAGCUUAUCUGGUGCUCAUUGACGAUAGAAGAGAAAUGCCAUUUUAGGAGAUCUGUGGAUCUCCUUCGAUAUUAUACAGUGUUUAAGACGUGUUUUGUACUAUGUCAUAUAAAUCGUGUAGAACCAGUGACAUAAUAAGUUAAUCUGUUUUCUUGGAGCUAGUAAGACCGUGAGAUUGUUUCCCUCAAUAAAGAGAAACCAUCUUCUUAAGAAUUGGCAUCUGCGCAAAACAUUGAAACGGGUGGUAUCAAAUUCAUUUAUUCAAUAAGUGAACAAGUCAUAGCUCGAGUAUGUUGCUAUGUUUCUCACUUAAAUCUUCAUCGAACGUUUUAAGCCUAAUCAUCUAUCAAUGCCAAUCACUGUUUCUGCUGCUUCUUUUUCCUGUUCCAUCUCCAUCUAUUUAGUAUCUUCUUCCCCCUUAUCGGUUCGCCCUGCAAGAAGCAAACAGUAAGUAGCAGUUUGGAAAGCUAGCAGCAGACCGUCUGUGACACCUGGGCCUGUUCGAUUUGUUGUGCCACUAUCAUCACAUGUGGUUCCCACAGCUAGGGAUAGAAACACGCUCAUGGUUUUUACCUUAGGAGUAAACCCAGAGAAAGAAAUCUUGGCAACCUGGUUGUGACGCUUAUGUUAGGAUGCUUACCAGAUUUAUUAUUGAUAAGUUUGUUACUACUAGGGGAAUCAAGAUCAUAUUGUACAGAAGUUAAAAAAUGGUAGCGACUCUUCUUUCAUACUAGGGGAAUUUGUCACAUAUUGCGUUGGACUGUCAUCUAUUCAGUAUGCGAUUAAUUUCUCAUCGAUUAGCUAACGAAAUUAAAGUGGGAAGAAAGUUGAAAAUGGUGAGAAUUUUUCAUUUUCCUUCUUUCUUUCUAUCCAUGUUUUCUCUGCAGCAUUCAUUAGGUUGUCACCAAAAAUAAUAGAAACUCAAUUUUCAAUUCGUAAAUUUCUUAAUUCCAGUCAGUCUCGUGCCUGAUUCAUCUACAUUCAUCAAUCAAUUUCUGUAACAUGUUGCAUCUCAGGUUAGAGAUCCGAAGGCUACACACAACUGCUGGGCUUAUAAGGUGAUUGAUGCCACUUAGCUUGAUCAAUAUAAAAAAAAAACCUUCGUUUUAAUGAUUUAUCACAACGGUUAGCUCUAUUUUUCUCCUUUUCUGUGAGUUGGCAUGUUUCACUAUGUAGCUUGGAGAUCAGUAUCGGUGCAAUGAUGAUGGUGAACCAUCAGGUACGGCUGGUAAACCAAUAUAUUCUGCCAUCUUCUCUUCCGGAUUGGAUAUGAUCAUGGUGGUGGUUAUCAGGUGGAGUUGCGGUCUCUUUGAAUUUAUUUCUUUCUGUUCUUCUAUCUUUGUUUUUUUUUUUUUUUUUUUUUUACAAGUUAAGUGAGAAAACAUAUUUUUCUCUUUAGAAUACCAAAGUGAUUCUUUGAAUCAGUCAUCAUGACUCAGGAAAGAUCCCAACACAAUAGAGACUAUGUCUAGCUUUAAAAGUUUUUAAAUUAUAAGAUAUCUUUACAGUAACUGAGAUAAUAGUUUUAAUCGACGGCUUCCAAGUCCAGGCCCAGCUACUUUCCUAUGGCUACACAGUUGAUGGAGAAGCUUAGCACGUUCAGAACUAUUUUUGCUGGAUGAUAAAGAAUUUGGGGGUACACAGCACAUUCGUUCUUCAUCUUUGGCGUUCUAAUAUUUUUUGCCUCCUCAAAUAUUGAAAAACCACGUCCUUUCUCUUUGUCAAAAUUCACAGAUGGGAUAAAUUCUUGAAUCCAAUCAUAUUUUCAGUGAAGAGAGUGCAGAUAUUAUAAAGUUGAAUCUCAUUGUUGUCCAGCAUACUAUGAUGAACGUUGAAUGUUUCUCAGAGCACAGGACAGGCAAUUGAGAGAUUGAGCUAGCAUAUUUUGUUAUGGGGAAUCAAUGCUCCGGAUCUGAUGGCAUGAUUAUAAUGAUCUCUUUUUGAAAACCCUCCUGUAUUGUACUUAAUUGAUCACUUCCAAUGGGUGGACGACGAAUUAAAGUUUCUCUUUUUCAUGUAUUUUCAUUCUGUAUAGGUAUUUUGGUGGUAUAAAGUUGGGAACUGGUGGACUGGUCAGGGCUUACGGAGGCAUUGCAUCAGAAUGUCUCAAAAACGUUUCAACAUGCUUCGUUAAACCCAAAGUAAGAUCCUUUGAAGUUGGGGAUUUGAUUCAGCACACGCCCCCUUUGAUUAAGUUUCUUGUCACGACUAGAUCACAGUGGUUUGGAGGAGAUUGAUUAAUUUCUUAUUAAAUAGAAACACACUCACAUGAAGUAAAGAGUCCAAGUCCUCAUCAACAACAGUAAAAGCUUUUGAUAUCUACUUGAUGGAUCAAGGGAAAAACGUCUACCGAUUUUUUAAUAUAUUGUGUUGAUGCUUAUACAAGUAACACACAUUUAUAAUGCAGAUUCGCAUUGGUCUGGAGGUGCCCUUUGGUAUAUUAGGAUCAGUGUAUCAUCAGGUUAGUUUGGAAAUGGAAACCUUUGGUUAUUAAUCAGUUUACAGUUAUCAAGUAUGCAUUUUAUUUUUUUGUUUGACGUAUAAAAAUGCAAAUUCUAUGUGCUAUUAUUUAGAUGCAGAUUUUCUUUCUGAUUAUUCCGUGCUGGAAUACUUAGAUAUUAUGACAACUCCAAUGGCUGGUAGUCAUCAGGUGAGCCGAUCAAAUGGGUGGGAGGGCAGUCUUGUCAAGUCUUUGAGCUUCCUGGUGAAAGCGUUUCUCUGGACUAGAUGGGGGAAUAAGGUGGGCCACUUUCUCAGCUGCAUCAGUUCAGGAUGUCUAGUGGCAUGAGAGUGCAGUGAUCAUCCAAGGAAUUCCUGGUUGGUGAGAAAAUGUGCUCACACGGCAGGGAGGAACAAGGGGAGGUUGAUGAGUGAUACUUUCCAGUGCUCGUAGAGAGAGAGACAGAAGAUAUUUCCUCAACAAAUGGGGUUCUAAUUCAUUGUCUAAUCAAUAGAAGUAGGCGAAAUCUAUUUUUUCAUGCACUGAUUCUACAACUGCUCUCAUUGAACCUUCUUGAUGUCUCAUAUUGAUGCAUUUUUCUCAUCAAUCAGUGUACCAUCUAAUGGAUUAUACUUCAGUAUUGAUUAUGUAACAUCUUCUAUCUUAAAAUUUUGUGUGCAUAUGGUCUGUUCUUCUUAAAGAUCACUCGUUUCCCUUUGAUUGCUGUUCCUGAGAAUUAGCUGCUGAAACAUGAACCCAGUUAGACUGACGAUUCCCAUCCCCUAUCAUGGAAGAAAGAAGUAAUUUUUUCUGUUACCUAACGAUGAAACUGAUUUUAAAUACUAUAUCUACCUGGAUCAAUUGAUUUUUAGUUCUGAAUUUCACUCGGCUCCCAUAUUUAUUUCUAUUGGCAGCUUCAAUCUUUUCAAAUUGAGGACACCAAGCAGGACUAUGAUACUGGACGAGAUGGUUUUGCUAUGUUGACGUUCAUGGUAGAUUAUGACAAGCUUGAUGGCUUGGAGACAACAAUCACUGCUGAUUAUGGGAGAGAAAUCAUAUUUUACAAGAACUAG